AUGGUCUGCUGGCUUGCGGUCUCCCUGACUGCGCUGGCAAGCGUAAGCUCAGCGCAGUUCGUGAAGGGAAAAGCCUUCGACCGUAUCGCCAUCAUAUGGCUUGAGAACACCGACUACGACCUCGCCGCCGGCGAUCCAAACCUCGCAUGGCUCGCGAAGAAGGGCAUCAGUUUGACGAACUACUUCGCGCUUACGCAUCCGUCGAUGCCAAAUUAUGCGGGUGCCAUCUCGGGCGAUUACUAUGGCAUUAAUCAUGACAACACGGUCAACAUCCCAUCCAACGUGUCUACGCUCGUCGACCUGCUAGAGGACAAGGGUGUCAGCUGGGGCGAGUAUCAGGAAGAUAUGCCGUCUGUCGGCUUCACGGGCAACUUCAAGAAUCCGAAAACGGGCGCGAAUAUGUACGUGCGUAAGCACAAUCCAGCGGUGUUGUACGACUCGGUUGCGAAGCAAUCGGACAGGCUGGCGAAGACCAAGCCGUUGACGCAGUUCAGUGCGGACUUGAAGGCCAACGCGCUUCCUCAAUGGAUGUUCAUUACGCCCAACAUGACUUCAGAUGUCGCGGGAUCAUGGACCCGGAAAUUCCUCGAGCCACUUUUGACCGACAAGACCUUCAUGAACAACACACUCGUCAUGGUCACGUUCGACGAGAACCACAGCUACGCUGAACAAAACCGCAUCGUCGCCAUAUUGCUAGGUGAUGCCGUGCCGUCGCAGCUCGUUGGUACCAAGGACGACACCUACUACAACCACUACAGCGAGAUCUCAACAGUCCAAGCCAACUGGGGCCUUCACACCCUGGGACGCUGGGACGUGGGUGCUAAUGUCUUCCAGUGGGUAGCCGCAAAGACUGGCGACAGCGUACGUGCAUGGACUGGUAAGGUUCCUUUGAGCAAGACGUUCUUCAAUGCAAGCUAUGCUGGCAAGUUGAACAACAAGAACACUUCGGUGCCCUGGCCUGUGCCCAACAGUAAUGUUCAGUAUGCAGGAAGAACUGUGCUGCCGGCUAUUGCGAGUGUCUGGGGAAAGCAGGUCGAUCGGUCGGCGUAUACGUCUGCGUUGGAGAUUCCAGAUGGCCAGCAUCCAGAUGCGGAGUUCAAGUAG